CCCCCCUUCCGCACCAUCAACUACCUCGGCACCAAAACCCUCCACGACACAUACUACGACAUCCCCUCUUCCUCUUCCAGCAGCACCCACCCCCACUACCUCUCCACAAAGGGUAUCUGGAUCCGAAAACGCAACAAUACCUGGCAAGCCAAGAUCCGGCGCGGAGGGAACUACACCAACUCCCAAUUUCAGGAACUUUCCUCGCCUGCAGAGAUCUCCUCCUACUUGGCGACCAUCACUGGUGUGAACAAGCCCGAGAAGGUUAACUUUGGACUCGUGCCGAUGGCGGAUUUUGUGACUGUGCGGGAGAGUUGGAUUGCGGAUAGGGAGUUUACUAUUGUGCAGGAUGAGAUGGAUUUUGGACAUACCGUAGGGGAGGUGGAGAUGGAGUGGAAGGGGGAGUGUAAAGGGGAUGUGGAGGGGUUUAGGAGGAAGAAAAUGGAGGAGAUGGAUGGGAAGAUUGGGGAGUUUAUGAAGAGAUAUGGGUGGGCUUUUUGUGGGGGGGUGGCGAAGGGGAAGUUGUCGGCUUAUUUCGAGAUGAGAGGGGGUCGUUAG